UUUGAGGCUAUGGCUGCCUAAAAGGCUUGACAUAUAUGGCUAGCUGGACGCCCUCGAUUGUUUUGGACACAGGCGACGGAAUAGAGUCUGGAGAGAACCAGAAUCAAUUCACGAUGCCGUGUUCAAAGACGGACGGCUGCAAAGCAGCCUGCUAUCGACAACUCCUUGUCGCCAGCCGGUGGCUUGUCGUUCUUUCAACAUGCCUUUUUCUGGCCGUUAUUUCUGCCGGCACCUUCCUGGUUCCCCAUCAGUUGACAAAGACGCUUGCACUCAAGAGUCUGGCCAUUAUUUCGUAUGACGGCAUCAUCCCCAUCGACCGCAACCAGACCCACCUGCAGGACGGAAGCGGGCGCGACUUCACCUUCACCAUGCACAGCUUCUCCAACGCCUUUUCCUGGGAGUGCGACCUGUGCCCCCAGUCCGCAGGCGUCGUCGAGCUCGGCCCCAACUCGGGCUCCGACCCCCGCGCCCUGAUGCUACAGAUCGCCGACGCCGCCGUCCCCCGCAGCCGGGAUGCCCCUUCCUUCUCCGAGUGCUUCGGCAGGCGCAGGCGCAGCAGCAGCAGCAGCAGCAGCAGCCGAAACGAGCCGCUGGCCCCGGGCUGCCCCGACCCCACCUUCUUCGACGCCUGGCUCGACCCGCCCGGGCUCGGUCCCUACCCGCAGCCCAGGCCCGUCACAAAGUACGUGGCGUACAUCGGGACCGUGCUGGUGGCGGCCCUGACGCUCGCCUGCGAGGUCCUGAUGGCGCGCUGCCCGCGCCUCAUGCGCUGCCGCUGCCUCGUGCUCGCCCGCUGGUGCCCGUACCCUAAGGAGGCGCCCGCGGAGCUCGAGGCGCUGCCGCCGCACCGCUGGGACCGCGUGCGCGCCCUGUCGUACCCGUUCCUGUCGGCCUACUUCUCGCUCGCCCUGCUGUACGACGGCGUCAUCCCGCGCUUCCUCCUAGGCCACCUCCGGUCCGUCGACCGGCGCCUGCCGGGGGACCUGUCGAUGCGGCCGAGGCAGAACGGACUGCACCUGUGGCUGCUGGGCGCCUGCAUCGCCAUGUCGGCCCUGGCGUCGGUGUUGGUGUUUGUGCGCUAUCGCAUGAGCAGGCCCAAGGGGUAUGUCGUGCUUGAAGACCCUGAGGAUAUCAAGAAAAGUUGAUUGUGUUUUCACAACGCCUGCCCGGAUAGUUUUGGUAGGAACUUGGAGCUAUGGCCACUAAUCUCGCUUUCGGACGCCCUCGGAUAUUACCACUUUCCUGCGACGAGAAUGCUAGCAUGGGUAGAAAAGAUUUAUGUAGUCUUGCCUAUGUAAAAGAACUUGGAUACCGUAUCGCCCGA